UCCUAUCAAGCACUUUGGCUGUGGCGCAAGCGCAGAUGGGUUUAUUUAGUGUAGAGACAACCGGAAGCUCCACUCUGAAAUUGACCGAACGGGAUAGUUCUUGGUGUGAUGGAGAGGUGAUGUGCCAGUCAGAGGAGUGAUAAGGCCAGAGCAGCCAUGACUGAGUGCUUCCUGCCCCCCAGCAGCAGCAGCCCUGCAGAGCAGCGCAGGGCUGAGCACCCAGGGGGCGUGGCCCGCACCCCCAGCUCUGAGGAGAUCAGUCCCACCAAGUUCCCCGGCUUGUACCGCACCGGCGAACCGUCGCCGCCUCAUGAUGGCCAUCACCACGAGGCACCUGACGCCUACGUCUCAGACGAUGACAAAGAGCACAGCAAGAAGAAGAACAAGUUCAAGAAGAAGGAGAAAAGGACGGAAGGCUACGCCGCUUUCCAGGAGGACAGUUCAGCAGACGAAGCAGAAAGCCCGUCCAAAAUGAAGCGCUCCAAGGGGAUCCAUGUGUUCAAGAAGCCCAGCUUCUCCAAGAAGAAGGAGAAGGACUUCAAGGUAAAGGAGAAGGGCCCCAAGGAGGACAAAGCUAAGGAUAAGAAAUCUAAGGACCUGACGGCUGCAGAUGUGGUUAAACAAUGGAAGGAGAAGAAGAAGAAGAAGAAACCGGCAACAGAGGCCGAGCCAGUCCCAGUGGAGAUCCCCACCUUCAGGCCCAUCUUUGGAGCACCUCUGACUGAAGCUGUCAAGAGGACGGCUCUGUAUGAUGGCAUCCAGCUGCCAGCCGUCUUCAGAGAAUGUUUGGACUACAUUGAAAGUUAUGGCAUGAAGUGUGAAGGCAUCUACCGGGUUUCAGGUAUGAAGUCCAAGGUGGAUGAAUUGAAGGCAGCAUAUGACCGUGAGGAGUGCCCCUGCCUGGAGGAGUAUGACCCCCACACGGUUGCCAGCCUACUGAAGCAGUACCUACGCGAGCUGCCAGAUAACCUGUUGGGCCGAGAUCUGGCCCAGCGCUUCGAGGACGCCUGCGGUCGGCAGGUGGAGGCGGAGAAGAUGGCGGAGUUCCAGAGGCUGCUGACCGAGGUGUCGCCGGAGAGCCGACUUCUUCUUUCCUGGCUUAUCACGCACAUGGACCACGUCAUCGCCAGGGAGGCGGACACCAAGAUGAAUAUUCAGAAUAUCUCCAUUGUCCUUAACCCAACCAUACAGAUUGGGAACCGUGUUCUUUACAUGUUCUUCACACACGUGAGGGAGCUGUUUGGAGACGUAGUCCUGAAGCCGGUGGUGCGGCCACUCCGCUGGUCCAACAUGGCAACCAUGCCGGCGCUGCCUGAGACCCAGGAGAACAUCAAAGAGGAGAUCCGACGACAGGAGUUCCUGCUGAACUGCCUGCACAGGGACCUGCAGGCAGGGGUGAAGGACUUAUCUAAAGAAGAGCGGCUCUGGGAGGUUCAGAGAAUCCUGACGGCGCUAAAACGCAAACUGAGGGAGGCCAAACGACAGGAGUGUGAGAGUAAGAUAGCCCAGGAGAUAGCAAGCCUCUCAAAGGAGGAUGUUUCAAAAGAGGAAAUGACUGAGAAUGAAGAGGAAGUCAUUAACCUCCUCUUAGCACAGGAAAAUGAGAUCCUAACAGAGCAGGAGGAGCUGAUCUCUCUUGAGCAGGUGCUUCGUAGACAGAUUGCUACUGAGAAGGAAGAAAUCGAGAGACUGCGAGCAGAGAUUGCAGACAUACAGAGCGUUGUAUUCCUCAGCCGGCAGCAGGGGCGCAGUGAGACAGAGGAAUAUUCGUCAGACAGUGAAAGUGAGAGUGAAGAUGAAGAAGAGCUGCAGAUGAUUCUGGAAGACCUGCAGAAGCAAAAUGAGGAACUGGAGAACAAAAAUACCCACCUGAACCAGGCCAUCCACGAGGAGCAGGAAGCCAUCUUGGAGCUCCGUGUUCAGCUUCGCCUCCUGCACAGCCACAAACUGCAGCAGGAACUGACCGUCCAGCCGCCGGUGGAGCAGGCCCCGCCCACACAGCCCAGCCCAGAGCCCCGCACCGAGGAGCAGACCAAAUGUUUGGUUGCCGCGGUGGCUGCCGGUGCAGACGCCGCUGCCUCCGUCAAUGGCAAGGCAGCUAAGGAUCCUUCAAAGCCCUCACCGAACAAAGACAGGAGGGACACCAACAUGUGAAAUAUCAUCUCAGUGAUGCGUUUGGUGGCUCGGUGCUGCCAUACGUCUCUACCGCUGGUCAGUUGUCCUGUAGCGUCACUCGUCAUCCACUGGAGAUUUCACUUUGCUGGAUCCAUGAGUUCAUUAGUAAUUGUGGCAGCCAUGGAAAAAUCUGUUAUACCGUCUUUGGCGUCCUGACCCUUUUUAGCAGGAAUCAAAAACCUUGUUUCUCAUUUUUCGAUGCAAAA